GUUCUUGAACCUCGUAAGCUAUUUUCUAAUGGAGAAGAAAAGAGAGCAAAAAGAUGACAGUUUCUUGCAGCAUCCGAUGUUGGUUAUCUUUGCUCUAACUCUCGGUUUUCUCAUGGUCGACCCUUUUAACAUGGGUCCGGUAAGAGGUCAUGAUUUCAAGCCUGUAAUGCAUGACAUUGCACCAUACAAGCAAGUCAUGGCGAGUUGGCCUAGAGACAACUUGAGCCGGUUAGGGAAUGGGAAAUUGGAGUUCAUUGAUGAGGUUUUUGGACCUGAAUCACUAGAGUUCGACAGUUCGGGACAUGGCCCUUACACAGGAUUAGCAGAUGGACGCGUAGUUAGAUGGAUGGGUGAGGAGAUUGGAUGGGAGACAUUCGCACUUGUAACUUCAAAUUGGUCAGAGAAGCUAUGUGCUCGAGGUGCUGACUCAACGACGCAUAAACAAUGGAAACAUGAGAAAUCUUGUGGCCGUCCUCUGGGCCUGAGAUUCAGCAAAGAAACUGGAGAUUUAUACAUAGCUGAUGCUUAUUAUGGUCUUCUUGUUGUUGGCUCUGAAGGAGGCCUUGCCACCCCUUUGGCAACCCAAGUGGGAGGAAAACCGAUACUGUUUGCUAAUGAUCUUGAUAUUCACAUCAACGGGUCCAUCUUUUUCACAGACACUAGCAAGAGAUAUGAUAGGGUGAACCAUUUCUUCAUAUUGUUAGAAGGAGAAGCAACAGGAAGGCUUCUUAGAUAUGAUCCUCCCACUAAAACAACUCAUGUGGUGUUGGAUGGUUUGGCUUUCCCAAAUGGAGUUCAGCUUUCUAAGGACCACAGUUUCCUUCUUUUUACUGAGACAACCAACUGCAGGUUAAUGAAGUACUGGCUGAAGGGUCCGAAAACUGGAGCUGUGGAGCUUGUGGCAAACCUGCCAGGUUUCCCGGACAAUGUACGAAUGAACGAAAAUGGACAGUUCUGGGUAGCCAUAGAUUGCUGCAGAACAGCGGCCCAAGAAGUUCUUACUCACAAUCCAUGGAUCAGAAACAUCUAUUUCCGGCUGCCAAUGCGGAUGAGCAUACUUGCAAGGCUAAUGGGAAUGAGAAUGUAUACGGUUGUAUCACUUCUCGACGAAAAUGGAGAAGUUCUUCAAGUUCUUGAGGAUCAAAAGGGUGUGGUGAUGAAACUUGUGAGUGAAGUUAGAGAGGUACAAGGGAAGCUGUGGAUUGGAACUGUGGCUCAUAAUCACAUUGCUACACUUCCUUAUCCUUAAAAAAAAAAGGAAGAAAAAAAGAACUCAUGACGGAUUAAUUUUCUUAGUUAAAAGUUAAAAAGAGUUAAUACCCGAUCUAACUAAAAACGGAAAAGGAAAUAGAUAUGCUUUAGUUUGAUCCACACGGAUAUGUUUUUUAAAAAAUCUAAAUGUUGUUGAUAAUCAUGCAACUUUGAAUUUGUGAUUGUAUCCUUUGUUUUUGUUUCUUGCUUUUAUAU